UGGACAGCCAUUGCAGUGUCGUGGCUCAGUAACAAAACACGAAAAAGGAGAGGAGGACCUGGCAUUUCACAGGCUCUCUGUUUUUUGACCGGGAGACCAAUUUACAUGACUAAAAGAGCGAACACCCUUGGUAAAUAAAUCCACACCUAAAUAGCGGGAUUCAACAGCUCCGGAUAUGUCAUUCAUAUUUCAGUACUUAUAUAAUGGUUUCAAUAGCGUACUACAGUUUUUAGGACUGUACAAGAAAACAGGCAAGUUAGUGUUUCUUGGCCUGGACAAUGCUGGCAAAACGACGCUACUGCACAUGCUCAAAGAUGACAGAAUGGGACAGCAUGUGCCAACUUUACAUCCAACUUCGGAAGAGCUGACAAUUGCUGGCAUGACUUUCACCACCUUUGACCUUGGAGGCCACGCACAAGCCCGCAGAGUGUGGAAAAACUACCUCCCUGCCAUUAAUGGCAUUGUCUUCCUUGUGGAUUGUGCAGACCUGCUUAGAUUGGCCGAAUCAAAAGCAGAACUUGAUGCAUUAAUGACAGACGAGACUAUCGGAAAUGUGCCUAUCCUGAUCCUGGGCAACAAGAUCGACAGACAAGAGGCCAUCGGCGAGGAAAGGCUGAGAGAAAUGUUUGGAUUGUAUGGACAAACGACAGGCAAGGGCACCAUUGCCAUGAAGGAGCUGAACACAAGACCACUGGAAGUGUUCAUGUGCAGUGUGCUGAAGAGACAGGGCUACGGCGAGGGCUUCCGCUGGCUCUCCCAGUAUAUCGACUAAAGCAGCUAAGCCCUGUAACACACCGAUAACACCACCACCAUCAGGGGGCGCUAGACCCAACCACUCAAGACGCCCACCGUUGCCACCAGUACCAUCAUACUCAGCCCCAUGUUUGGUUAAACAAGUCUGCCUCCACCAUCAGAGAAACCAGUACAACUUGAUCCCAAUAGACUUUUAUUGGUCGAACAUUUGGUUCCACACUUACAGAAUUCAUACCUGUACGCGCACACACACACACACACUCGUUUCCAUCUCUCUGUCUUUUUCUAAGAGAGUACCAUAGCAUUGGUUCCACAGCAAAGGGUGUUCAAAUUCAAACAGAUGAAUCUUUUCUAUAUUGUGUCUGUCGUUUGCUGCCCUCUCUCCCUCCCUUCCUGACAUCUGUUGAGUGUGAUGAUAGAUGCAUUAUAAUUGUAAAUCUGUACAUGAUUCCAUUGGUAUAUCAACAAUCCCUGAUGCCUCUUCCCCCUCUUUGAGCAAUGAGAGAGAGCAACAUAGUUGUAAACAUUGCAGUACACUUUUUUUUUUUUUAACAGUAAAGACAUUCAUCAAUGUUGUAUUUAACCAAUACGUUUCGGUUUGUCCAGCCUUUUUUUUUGUCUUUAAUUUUUUUUUAACAUUAUUUCAAUAAAUAAACUCAGUGGCCACGUAAACAGCCCUCACUAUAGAUGUGUGGCUGUUUGACCCAUUUAUUAAAAUGGACCAGUGCAUUUAUCCUAGUGUAUCAGAAAUUCGAUCCAUUUCUUUAGGUUACUUGGAAAUUAAAAUGCUUUUGUUCCAGACUUCUAUCUUGAGGGCACAGUAGCAUUGAAUGGAUCCAAGUAGGCCGUGCGCUUCCCUUUUUAAAGUGAAGCAUGGGGUGGUAGUAUAGCAGAUGGGAGAAGAAUUUUAAUAGAAAAUAAUACCGGCUAUGACCCUGGCGAGGUUUGAUGAAAUCGUGUAGAUAGCACAAUUGAUGCGAAGAAAACUAUUUAAGUAAAUGACAUUUGGGGAUAAAUGGCUUGAUAAUAACAUGCAGUAAGAGAUGAAGGGAAGAUAAAACAGAUGGUUGCAACAUGUAAUAAUCGCCAAUGUUAGAAGUCCAUCCUAAAGAUAUAUUUUCUGGCGCAGACCUUUGUACAGGGUGAAUCUAGUGACCAAGUACAGAUAACAGAGGGCACAGUCCCACAGCGGGAACAGUUAGAUAGACCUCUAAGAAAGGGACCAUAUAUAUAUGAAAUGUACAUCAACAUCGUACAUGGAUUUUGUAUCUUAGUGGUAUCCUUUGAUCUAUGUGCAUUACCAGAAACUAUUAUGCAUGCCUUGUUCUUUUGAUUUUUAAUAAUGAUCAUUAUUCCAGAGAGUACAACAGGAGGAAAAAAGAUGCCAAAAUUUACAAUGAGAGCUGAUUGUCAUGUUUUUUUUAAUGGAAACUAUGGAAUUGCGCGUAAUACACACUUUUUCUGUUCCUGUCCCUUUGUGUCUCUUUCAUUCCCUCAUGACUACGUGAUGAGCUGUUCCAACAAGGGUGGGACUUGCUGUUGUUUGCAUCAUAAAAAUGUAAUAAAUGUUUUCAAUGAAUAACAGGCUUUAA